AGAGCGCGCGCGGCGCAGCAGCUCGGGAUCCGCGGCUCUCCAAGCCCGCAGCUCCCUGCGCCCCCGCCACCGCGCUCGCCAUCUCCGUGUCCCCCGGCUCCGGUCCCGCGCCUAGGAGAGCCGCGCGCCGACCGGCCCUGCCCGCCGCCUGCGCCGCGCAGCCUUCGCGCGCGCCUGGUUGGCGCUCUCCUCCCAGGACCGGUUAAGAAUAUACUAAUUCAAGAAUUUGAAGUACAGUGGAAUAAUCUAACAACCGUCUAUGUGCUUUCCAUGAUAUGUUCUCUAUAUUGAAACCAAAGAACUUCUCUCUGGCCCACAUCUGAAGUCCUCCACAAAUUAUCUAGGAAACAUCCCAAACAACAGCUCCUUGAAAUUAAAGAAAAAAUUAUGACAUCAGCAUCCAAAGGAAUUCUCCGCCCAUUUUUAAUUGUCUGCAUUAUCCUGGGCUGCUUUAUGGCAUGUCUUUUCAUUUACAUCAAGCCCACCAACAGCUGGAUCAUCAGUCCAAUGGAGUCAACAAGCUCAGUGCUGAAAAUGAAAAAUUUCUUCUCUACCAAAACUGAUUAUUUUAAUGAAACUACUAUUCUGAUUUGGGUGUGGCCAUUUGGGCAGACCUUUGACCUUACGUCCUGCCAAGCAAUGUUCAACAUCCAAGGAUGCCAUCUCACAACAGACCGCUCGCUGUACAACAAAUCUCACGCAGUUCUGAUCCACCACCGAGACAUCAGUUGGGAUCUGACCAAUUUACCUCAGCAGGGUAGGCCACCCUUCCAGAAAUGGAUUUGGAUGAAUUUGGAAUCACCAACACACACCCCCCAAAAGAGUGGUAUUGAGCACCUAUUCAAUCUCACUCUGACUUAUCGCCGCGAUUCAGAUAUCCAAGUGCCUUAUGGCUUCUUGACGGUGAGCACAAACCCCUUUGUGUUUGAAGUGCCAAGCAAAGAGAAGUUAGUGUGCUGGGUUGUAAGUAACUGGAACCCUGAGCAUGCCAGGGUCAAGUAUUACAAUGAGCUAAGCAAAAGCAUUGAAAUCCAUACUUAUGGGCAAGCAUUUGGAGAGUAUGUGAAUGAUAAAAAUUUGAUUCCUACCAUAUCUACCUGUAAAUUUUACCUGUCCUUUGAAAACUCAAUCCACAAAGAUUAUAUAACAGAAAAGCUCUACAAUGCUCUCCGAGCUGGCUCUGUACCUGUUGUUCUGGGGCCACCUAGGGAAAACUAUGAAAAUUAUAUUCCAGCAGAUUCAUUCAUUCAUGUGGAAGAUUUUAACUCUCCCAGUGAGCUAGCAAAGUAUCUGAAGGAAGUUGACAAAAACAAUAAGUUAUACCUUAGUUACUUUAACUGGAGGAAAGAUUUCACAGUAAAUCUUCCACGAUUUUGGGAAUCACAUGCAUGCUUGGCUUGUGAUCAUGUGAAAAGGCAUCAAGAAUAUAAAUCUGUUGGUAAUUUAGAAAAAUGGUUUUGGAAUUAGAGUUUUCCAACAUUUGCACACCUGGCAAAUUAUUUUAAUAAAAUGUCAUUCAAGUUCUGAGAAUGAAAAGAGAGACAACAUUCUGCUUUUCUGUCACAAUUUAUUUUGAUCACUAUCUUGGGUAACAUAUAUCUUGAUGAAGAUUUUUAAGAGAUCAGCAUUAGCAAUCACUCCAUUUGGUCUUAAAUUAUCCUAUAUAUACCUAAUUAUUUGCACUGAAAAAUAAUUUAUUCUUCGUUAUCUUUUUUAAACAUUGUACACACUUUUAUAGUUGUCCUUAAUGUAAGUUUGUGAUAUAAUUACUGUUUAUACAUUGAUCAUCUGUUUCAUCUAUUUGGGAAACUAAGAUAUACAUCUUAAAAUAUGAAACAUUUUCACUGAAUAUUGUCAUCUCUAGUUCCAAGUUUGCAUAAUGUAACAAAUGAAAAGUAGUCAUAAUUGAAUUCUAACCUCUUUGACUUCGAAGUUGAGCAAAGUGUAUAACUGUCAUUUGACCUAUUUUUACCUAUUUACCAUGUUUGUGAAGGCAGAAAUAGCCAUGUAAAUAAGAAAGAUAGUAGAGCAGAACUGUUCUAUUCAGGAAGCUAUUAGAUUUCCCAUUUAUUUUCAAUAAGCUGACUUACAAGUGUAGCCAUUUGUUCUCAUGAUCUUAAGUUAAAUUAUUUAAAGUAUUUUAAAUAUCCAAUUUGUUGGAAUUUUAGUACCUAGGAUAUAAUCCUAAUAACACUUAAGAAAAUCAAAAACACUUCUCUUUUUGAUCCUGGUAACACUUAUUAUUAUAAUAAAAAUAAUUUCUCAUAUGACAAAAUGAUAUGUAUACAUUAAAUCACAUUUAUAAAAAUGGCACAUAGAUGUACAAUUUUAAUCACAUAUCAAUUUAAAAUAUUUUCUCUAGCUCUAAUUGUUAAAAGUUUUAUUUUGCCAUAUAGACAAAUAGACAUAGCAUUUGAAAAAGUUUGUCCUUUUAUUUAAAAGAACCUAAAUAAAGUUAUUAUCAAGAAGUUAAAUAUAAGAUGUAAAACAUAAUAAAACAAGGACUUAAAAGCUCUCAAUAUAUAUGUGUUGAAUGAAUAAAUGAAUGAAUGACAUUGAACACCAUGGGAAAAAAAUUUUUUUUGUUUCAAUGAAGUAACAGUUUUAGUCUAUAGGUACUCAUUGGAGAUGAUGUUUUAUAUUCCACUUUAGUAAUUAUUCAUAUUGUAACAUUUGACUGUAGCCCUCAGGGCUUUACAGAACCAAAUGUUUGUCCUUAUAUUAAGUUUUUCUUGAGAAUUCACCCAUGAACUUAGUUGCUGAACUGCAUUUCUCCUCCCUAAGGUUAAGAGCUGGAUAUAAGCAAAGAACAGCAGGUGAGAAAUGAUGGGAUGCUAAGGAUUCUUCAAGAAGAGUUUCCCAAAAGAAAAGAACCUGUAAUGACUUAACUCCAUUCAGGGAAAAAUCUCUCAAAAUAACCAGAAAGUUCUGAUAAGAUCUAUUUGGGUCUAUUUGUGACUUAUUCUAAUAGCCCUAGUACAUGUCAACAUCAGUAGAACUCAAAUCCACAAUCUUCUACAUCAAAUGGAAGAGAGGCAGAUUUCAAAUCAGUAAGAAGAAAGUACCGUUUCUAACAGGACUACCAUGAGGGAAUAAGCUCUCUAGAGCACUAGAAGAUUUUGAGCAGAGGAAGAUUCUUGUAUUGGGUGGAGGAUGGUUUUGAUAUUCAAAAUCAUUUCUUUACCCAUGAUUGAAUAGGCAUGCUGUGUCAGGCAAAGCCUUAAGCAGAGACAAAGAUGAACAAGGAGAUAUCACUGCCUUAAAGUAGCUUACAAUUAAGUAAGAGAGAUAACAGAAAAGCUUCCUUCGAAUCUAUGUUUAUGCAUAUCAUACUCUCAAUGGAGUUUAUAUGAAUCACUGCAAGAAACCAAAUUUCCCCAACUGUUUCUGAGCUGCAAACUUCGUUUACUCAUUUAACACAAUGUAGCUUCCCUCCAUAUUAUCUUUUCUAACCACACUGACUAAAGAAAUAGUCUGUCUCUGUGGAUACCCUCUUAAAUAAAGGUCUCCUCCCACAUUUAUUUUGUCAUGUUAAAACAGUCACAUUCAUUCAUUUACAUUUACUUUAUCUUUUUUACCUAUAAAAAGUAUAGAAAUAGAAAGAGAAUUUACUACAUGUUUUAAAAGUUCCUGUUUUCUUCAAAAGCAGAAAAGCCACAACAACCCACCUUUGCUGUGGUGGAUGCUCAUGAGUUCAAUGACCUGAGAAACUUGAGCACAUCGCCUCUAUUGUUAACUACAAAUUUGGACUCAUUCUUAGACUGUGAUUAUAAACACAUGCUGAUCAUAUGACCAAAGCCAUGGCAAUAAUACCAGGUGAUUAAAUAAAUGGCACAUCUGUAUAUUGAAAACUCAUUACCAAGUCCAAGGUUAAGUUUUCUGAAUUUAAGGUGCCAAAACAAAUGAGUCAACUGGACCCUUUAGUUCUGGAUCCAAUAAUCUGUAAAUUUUAGGGCAGGAAGGGAUUAUAUCAAUGUUUACAAACCAAUCUCUUUAUUCUAUUUAUGAGUUAACUAGAUCCAGAGAUAAUUACUCAAGACCUGUGUGCACAUACACACAAAAACACCCACACACACUCCACAGCUAGUGACGUAGCCAAGAUUAGAAUGUAGAGGCCUGUAUUUCUUAAUCCUUAUGUUCUUUUUCAUAGUGUUUUCACUUUAUCAUAGAAGUAUGUCUCAAUUCCUAGAAAUGUGAAUGCCUAGUUGGUUAUUAGGACCUUUUGAGUGAUACAUGCUACAUAGAAGUAUGUUGACUUUUGAAAAAAGUAUAAUUAGUAAAACACUAAACUUGUUAGCAUUCUUUCUGGUUUAAAUAUUUUAGGAGUUGAGCUUUAGCAGAAGGAAAUGGGCUUUCACUACAUUUUAAGCAAAAUGAAACCCUUAAGAUAGUGUGUGGCUCUCUCUCACCCACUCUUUUAAUGAAUCCUGUAGAUUGCAAAAUUCUAUUUAAUGAUUUCUCACAAUGAAUGAUGUUGAUUUGACAAAAUUGGCUUGCUGCUAAUGGCUAUAAAAACAAUUAUGCCAGGGGAUAACUUGUAGAUAUGAAAAUGGAAUGGACUAUUUAAAAAGUUUUAUUUCAAAAUAUCAAAAAUCUGUUACCUUCAAUGUUCUGAUUAUUUCAAUAUCAAUUAUUUUAGGCCUUACUAGAACAUAGAAGUGUUAAUUAUUAUAGGCCUUAUUAAUAAGAAUAUAUACUGAGUUCUCUAUAUCUUGCAGUAUUAUGCCCUUAAAAAAGGCAUGACAAUCACAUUUUAUGACAGCCAUAACUUUGCAAAUAUAAAGCAGAAACUGGUAAAAACUAAUAUCAGAUUGAAAUUUUUAUAUUUACUGCAUAAAUCCUGAUAUUCCUAGAAUGUCCAGUAACGUUUUCUGUUGUGUGGGCUUAGACAGCUCAGAGCACUGAGGUGUAAAGUGACAGAAUAUUUAGGAAUUAUUUGCUGAGCCUUUAAAGUCUUGCCUCCACUUGGGGGUUAAAUAUGAAAAGAAUAAGAAACAAUACUAUUGAAAUCUUUUGCUUGCCUGUUUUCAAACUAGAGUCCAUGAGUCUCAAAGUAAUCAGCUAGAAAAUACCUUUGUAUGAAUUAAUAUUACCAAACAAGGAUUAGAUCCUUACAUUAUGACUCUGUACUUAAAUAUGUCCUUGAAUUUCCUUGAACACUGAUCUUACUUAGGGGAACUUCUUAACAAAUUAAUUGUAAUCAAGCUGUUAAAUAUAACAAACUUCAGGAUCUAAAAGAUAAGCUCAAUGCUUAACAUAGAGGAAGAUCUCCACAAAUAUCAUCAAAUGAAUUUUUAAAAUUGCAUUCAUGCACAAUAUUUUUAAAAAUGUGAUAACAGUUCCACUUAUUGUACCAGUUAGAGAUGAUAUUUUACAUUUUUUUCACUGAUCAGUUUGCUGCCUGAACACAAAAGAAGGCAUUUUAUGUCCUUCCGGUCUUACUGUAUUCUAAGUCCCCCAAAGAAGUAAUAUUUCAAGAAAGUCUAUAAAGGACUUGGUACAUGUAAACACUUUAUUCAAAUAUUAACAUACAGCCCUGGCUGGCAUAGCUCAGUGGAUUGAGCAUGGGCUGCGAACGAAAGUGUUGCAGUUUCAAUUCCUAGUCAGGGUACAUGCCUGGGUUGCAGGCCAUGACCCCCAGCAACCGCACAUUGAUGUUUCUCUCUCUCUCUUUCUCCCUCCUUUCCCCCUCUAAAAAUAAAUAAAUAAAAUCUUUUAAAAAAAUAUUAACAUAUUACCUGUUUCAAGUAGGAAAGACAAUUAGUAUUUAAGGUGAACAUAGAAUGUAGGCACUGUGAAGGGCAUAUAUUUAUUACUCAACUAUGCAUGGAGAGAAAAUAGUUUCUUUUCUCCGUAAAUGCACUCUUUUGUAUUGCAAACAUUGGUCAAUUACACUGAUUUUUUUCUUGAUGUGUCUUAUCUAGAGAUUUUGUAGCAUUUUGCAAAUAGGUAAGCUUCACUCCUACCCAAAGUGCUUUCCCUCUCAGUAAUUCAUAUUGAAUGCAUCUAUAUUCAUAAUCAUUAGAUAGAACAGUUAACAGAACAUAAAUGAUAGCCUGAUAUCCAGAUGUAUGAAUAAUAACAGGUGGGGUUAUUAGUUCAACAAAAUGUAAUUUUGAGAAAGACACUGAACCUCUCCAGACUUUGUUGUUUUUAAGUUUCCUUCCAGCACUACCUCUCUUAUCUAAAAUCUAAACUAAUACAUGCAUGUAUUUGCAAGUGAAAUUCCAAUGACCAUCUCAAUUUUUAGAGGUAAUACUCCAAGCAGAUUUUCCUCUUAUUUCUCUAAAUAGAGAUUUAAAGUAUAAAACUGAUUAUUUAAACCUAGAUGUGGAAAGAACCAUCUGGUUCCUAGGCCCCCCGACCGAGAAUCACCAGAAGUGUUUAUCAACACUGAUUUCUGGGCCCUGCUCCUGCAAUUGGAAUCUCAUCAGACAAGCCCAACAUGGUUUUAAUGCAUUUCCUAAGUUUUUCUGUUCCAUGUAUAGUUUGUGAACCACUGGCAGUCAGCAGUUCUCAAACACACAUGUGUCUUUGGGACUUCCCUUAUGAAAGAAUGUUAAUAAUACACAGCUUCUCAUUCUUUGGGUCUGAGAUCAGAACUGGAACCUGUAUUUUAAAAAUCUCCCCAAAUAGUUCUAAUCUGCUGUCAGGGUUGAGGUCUGCCUCUUAGCCACCAGUUAAAUGGGAAGUAUCCUAUUGCUCAAUUGAUAUGAGCCAUGGCCUGUCUUUAGUUUAUGUAGAAUCUUUCUGAAUAUGUCACUAAAGUAUUUCUCUACUUCAAGAGUCUUGAUAUUCUCUGUGCCUAAUAAUUCUGUGCACAAGCAUGGUACUGACUAAUCUCUUGAUGUGGCUCAGGUUAUUUAUAGUCUCUACACCUUCCAAAUUUAAAUGGUGUAUAUAUAGCAGUACAGCUCAAGCUUGGAUGCACAUCUGAAAUCACCUGGAGAUGAUUUAAAAUUGUUGAUGCCAUACCCCACUUCCAGAGAUCUGAUCCAACCAGUUUGAGAUAGGACCCAGAGGUGGACAGUUGUAAAGGCUACACAGAUAAUACUAAUGUGAGGCCAACCCUAGCAAUCACCAGUGUGCAUAAAAGACUUGAGCAAUGCUUGGCCUGGAAAAAUUAUUAGGAAUAGAAAUGAUUAUAUACCUUGAAAGAAUAUCUCUCAUUGUCUUUUUAGGCUCUGACUUCAUGUUUGUAUUUAUAACAUGAAAAACUGGACUAUUCACUUCCUAAGAUCCUUUACAACCAAUCCUUUUAUGCUUCCAUGAUUUGCUUAUCCUGUGCGUGUUUAACAGACCUCUUUCCCAUGUCCCAAAACCCUUGUCUGAUGGGUUUGAGAGGUAAUUGGGAUGUAACAACAAGAUAGAGUAUCUGGAUCUGAUGACCACAGAUUUAGAAUUAAAUCCUAGUUCUGCCACUCACUCACUGUGUGUAAGUUACUUGACUUCUCUUAGCCUCAGAUUUUCCAUCUGUAAAGUAGAGGUAACAUCUUCCUGACUUUUUUUGGUGAGGACAAAUGAAAUUAUAUUUAAGUGACUAUAUAACUUGUUUAAUCCAUAUCAUUUAUUAUAAUAGAAAUCACUGUGAGGAGUCCAAAUUUAUUUGCACAAAUUGUUCUAAAACUCUGAAAAUGUUAAGCAGAUAGUUUAUAAGAAUCAUUUCCAAUUUAAAUAACUGAAAGGAAUAAUCUUUAGGAGAAGGGAAACAAGUAAAUAUAGUGUAGAAGUAUGCAUUUAUGUCUUUUUCAAUUAGUAACCAAUGGAAAGGGUGUGGGAGCUGGCAGAGUAGUGGUGCCUAAGCAUUACUAAACAUAUACACCUUUUCUUAAAAUAAUCAUAAUCCAAACAGGCCUAAUUUUUUCCUCACUGUUAUGAGCAAUCAGUAAAUUAACAGUUAAUUUAGUGUAUUAUCAGUUGUGUAGCUCAAAUCACAGAAUGCAAUAGCAGGAAGAUUAUCAGGGAUCAUUUUCUGGUAAGGAAAUUGAUCUAAAAAUAUUCAACAACUUGAUUUAAUCCAUCAUUUCAACUGAUCCACUAGCUUAUCCCCAAAGCCACUUAACGAUAUAAGUUAGAAAACAGAAUGAAAUCUCUAUCUACUAAUAUUUUCUUAAAUUUAAAAAUGCUAAAAGUUACUUUUUAAAUGAUAUUGUAUAAAUUCAACAAACAGGAAUACAUUUGUUUAGUGGUGCAGCAAUAAAAAAAACUCUUAGCCAGACUGUGAUUAAUUCUACCCUAAUUGUUAAUUGCAUAAUAAAUAGAAUCUUGACAUGAAUAAGCUCAACUACUUAUGUAUACAAGUUCUAAAUUGUACUGUAAUAAAACUUAAAAAGCAAACUUAAAAUUUUUUAAAAAUUUAUGUGUGGAAAAAAUAAUAUUCAACAUAGCAAUUUUUUAUUAGUUCCUACUUGUCUUACUUUAAGGAAAUUAGGAAUGUUUAUUUCAGAUACAACAUUAGAAACCUUCAAACAUUGAGGGGUUUUUAGUUCUCUGGCAAGCAUAUUGUUAAAUUAGCCGUGUGUGUGUGUGUGUGUGUGUAUGUAUGUGUGUAUACACACACACAUAUAUAUAUGUAAAGUAUGUUAAAUUAGGGCUUCUUGGAUAGCAAAUAGAAGAUUGAUCUGAAAAAUUUUAAGAGUGACUUUUGUAAAGAAGUAUGUUAACUACAGUGACUCUUUAUACACUUGGCUGCAUUCCAUUUGGAAUAGAAAGGGUGUAGUAGAUAGAAGAGCAGGCUUGGCAGAAAUGGUACACAGUCUAAAUUAGCAGCUCAGUACUACUCAUUAUGCAAGAACUAUUGCCAGCAAUCAAAGUGCAUAGCCAGAUCUUAGCUUGGCCUCAUUAUCCACCUUCAGUCCCUUAGAUGAGACAAUCUUGAAGAUGCCAUCCUCAUCUAAGGUGAGAUUGCCAAAAGAAAUCUCACUAUCAUGUAGGGCAGAAUAUGUGACUCCAGAGACUGUUAUUAGAGCAGGCCUUUCACAUUCUGAUUUUCUUCUUUAAGAGCCCUUGAACAAAUUGAGAAUGUCUGGUUGUAUGUAAAACUGGGACCAGUUCACACUUUUAGAAUACAGGUGACCUCUCUCAAGUAUUUUAUAUAUUUCUUUACAGUAAUAAAUUGAAGGACAAAGACUACCAUACCUGAAACCGGCAGUUUAUUUACAAAGAGAAGCUUUCAGCUUAUCGAUGUUUUACAUUCAAAUCAGUAAGAGCUCUCGCCCUAUAGAUUGACAGGCUCUGUGACAUUGGAAAUGGAGACAGAAAAAAAGCAUUGGAAAAUAGUAGUACCCUUUUUACUCUUCAUUAAAAAUUUUAAUCUCUAGAGCUAUCACCACAAAGGCACCCUUCAAAAACAUUAUUUUUAUUCAUGUGGGUUUUUUUCUUCCUUUCUCAUUUCCUUUUAAAAGGUUUGGUUGGUGGGAGUCAAGGUUAGUGAAGUAAUUAUGACAAUAUAAAAAUAACAUUUUCAUAUUAUGUAUAGGACAAAAGAAAGAAGGAGUGCUUGCUAAAGGAAAUGCAGUCAAAAUGUUAGUCAAAACUAUUCCGAAUAAAUUAAUGAGCUUAAUCAUCCUCAUCGGAAUAAUUAUGGUUUAUUCUGAAACCGCACAACACAAACGUGUCAUAAAGGUUUGUAAGGGCCAAAGUAAAGAGCUGACAAGUCUAAAGGUAGAUUCAAGUACACAAACUGCAGAAAGGAGAAAAGUGCUGACAAGAAACAAGAAAGGGAGCAGUAAACUAAAGAUCAGAACCCAAGUUCUAGUUUGCACAAUCUCUUGAAUAAAUUCUCUAGCUUUCCUGAGCCACACGUUUCUGUCAAUGGAAUGUGGUGGACUUCACAUUAAAAAUUACCCGAGAAACUCUUCAUGAAUUUUAAUUGCUUCAUUAGACAUUCUGUUUUAAUUAUCCUGGCACAGGACAUGCCUGCCAUAUAUUCUUUUAGAAUGUUUUUUCUUUUCUCCUUCUCUCUAACAUGAGGCUAUGUCACUGUUCUGUGAGCCAUAGAGAGGAAGGAAAGAAGUUACCACUCAAUUGCUUUAGGAGCACUAACUAAAGGGUUGCUAAAGAAGAAAGCUGCAAUGGAGUUUCGCAAAGGAAGAGUGGGGACUUUACACACUUCCUCUUAUUUCAUUUCCUCAAGAAUACAAGGUAUAUGCCUAUACCUUUUUUAGGUAGUUUAAGUAUAACUUUGAAUAAGAUGAUGUAUUCAAUUGAGGAAGGUCAAAACGAUCAUGGUGAAACAAAAUGAACAAAAUGUGCCAAUUCUAGCCAAUAUUGUAAACUGUAAGAGUAAGAAAUCCAUAAACUAUUUGGUAAUUGUAUGUUUUAUUAAUGUAAUGUGAUUUUGCACUAUUGUAUUGUCAUAUUUAAGCAGACCCUAAAACCUAAAUGCCAAAUGUACAGUUUAUAGAUUCAUGUUAUUUCUGAUAAGGAUUUAAUUGCAUUGUGCUAAUAGUUGUUUAAUGCUGUUAACUUUCUGUACGUGUUAUUAUUGUGAUGCAGACCUAUAAGGUUAUUGUAAGCACACUGAUUGAUCAUCUGGAUUUUUAUAGAUAAAAUCACACAUUGAUCAGAAAUCACUUUUCUACUUAUUUUUUUGUAGAGUAUUUUUCCACACUUGAAAAAACAUGAUUAUUUUAUAUCAAACAUCAGCUUUUCUUUAAAAUUUUAUUUUAGUAGCCAAUGCAUGUUUGAAAUAAAAUGUGUUAGAAAUUAAAUGAUAUUAAGGUUGUGUUAUAUUAGGGCAAAAAUGCAUGCUGUUGGUGAAUCAUGCAACUCUGGGGGAAUUUACACUGCCAGUUCACAAGCAGGCACGCCUCAAUCCAUGUGCAUGAUUCACGUCCUUUCAAAAGUCAUUUUUAAACUUUGAUAAAGUGAAAAUGUUAUUCUUAGUGCUGAUGAGCCAACAGACAAAGCUGCUUUGUCUUUUUUCUAAUACUGCAGCGUAUUGUGGUAAAUUUGCCGCCCCCGCCCCCUCAAUUUUCUCCUUGCAGUUGCUUGUUGGCAAUAAAAUACAACAAAUAAAAUCAUUUGUUGGCAAAGGAUACAAUUUACUGCAUAGCAACUUACUAUUAUAAAGCAUGAAGAUGUGGGGAAAAAUCAUCUUAAUAGUUCCUUACUAUAACACAAUAUUCUGGCAGCUUUUUCUACAGUCAAAAAUGAUGUGUCUUUUUUUUUUUUACACUGCCAAAAUCAAUACUACUGCCAGAGUGGAGGUAACUUGAGGCCAGGUCUGCACAACACCAAAUUGGGUAGUAACACAGAGCAUCCACACAGUGUGGACAGCCAAUCAGUGUAACAGGUAGAGGGGAAAAGGAAAGGCAAUCCCAAUCUUUUUUCUCAGUAACUUGGGUCAUUAAGGAAAAACAAUUACAUAGAAAAUAUGAAUUUUGGCUGCAGAGACCAAGCCUCUACAUGCUGAUAAUUUGCAGUAGUCUUUAGGAACAGAAAUUAUUCAGUGAAGUUUUGCUUCUGUGUUCGUUUUGUGUUCUUUUUUCAGAAAAUAUACUUGUGCUUUUGAAAGGGCUCAAUUUCAAACAUAAUAUUGUGGACCAAUGGCCACCAACCCAAUGAAAUAAGUCAUUUGACAUAUUGUGGUAAGGCUAGGACAUAGCACUUGGUGACUUCAAACACCAAUGUAAACAUUUACACUUUCAGAAGGUAAUUUCAUUGCUAUGUUAUUAAAAGAGCAGGGAUCCUAUUUAUGUAUUUAUUUAUUUACAGAAGUUUGCUUCAUUCAAGUUCAAUUUUAACAGCUCAGUGAAGUUAAUAUAAUGGUACGAAAAGUUGACUCUAACUGCUACCCCAAGUGAAAAAUCAUGAAACAGAGCCUUGGUGAACUCUGGAAUAAAGCAUGAGUCCAGACGAUGAGCAGUCAGUCCAACUUUACCAACCGGGAUGUUGAUGUGUCUGACAUUCGAUGAGUACUGAUCUGGGCUCUUAGUUUGCUAUUGUAUUGUUGUACCUACAUAGAUUCAACCUGUAAAUAACAUAAAACAUUAUGGCAGCUAAGCAAAUAUUUUAAUAAACCAUGAAAGGCAAAAUGUCAUAGGGAAUCUGUAAAUUCAGCUAUUUGGAAAAUUUGUGUUUUCUACAAAUUAUAGAGUUAUUUGAAAUUUCCUUUCCAUAAAAUGCCAUCACAAUGUAGAUUCCUGUCCAUUGGUGUCUUUCUAGGUUUAUAAAUAUGUGAUAUAAUCGUUAUAGUUAUAAUUUUGUGAAAUUAUGUUCAACAAGUAAUAUUAUUUCAGCAAUCUGUGCUAAGAUCCCAAGGCAGAAAUAAAUGUGUAAAGGACUUGAGCCUAUAUGUGUAAGAAGAAAUCUCUUCAAUCAUAUUCCUAUAUUUAAUGUAAGUACUUCACUGAUUUACCACUCAAGUAAUUCCUUGGAAGUGUAAAUAAUGAUGUUCUAUUCGGACUUAAUGAAUUCCUGUACUGUGAAUAUUUAAAAUAAAAGAAUUCAAUUUCAAUGUGCAAAA